AUGGUCAUUGAUGAGAUGUUGAAAAUUGUCGUGGCGAAGUUUAAAUUCAUUACAGAGGUAAUAUCCGGUGAUGGGAAGCCUUCCACGUCAGUUUCUUGCCCAGUCGGCACGUUCUGCACCAAAGCAACGGCUGCACAAACCCUGCAACAGGCACUACGGUUUGCUGCUGCAACACGGAUUUGUGCAACUCAUCGUCCUCUUUCUCUCUGA